AUGCCCAAAACCAUCAUUCUAUGCGUAGAUGGCACCAAGAAUCAGUUCCAAACUCAGCCAUUUACUAAUGUUAUGAAAUUUUAUCGAAUGUUAUACAAGGAGGACCCUUCAACCCAGUUGUGCUACUAUCAGCCAGGCAUAGGAUCCGUGGAAGCGGAAUUUAUGGACCUUCAGGGAUACGUCCGGAAGAUUCCUGUAACCAUAAACGCUGAAAUAGACUCCAUGGUGGCUCAUAGAAUGGACCAGCAUAUUGUUGCUGCCUACAAGUUUUUGGUGCAGUAUUAUUCUCAGGGAGAUAAGAUUUUUCUUUUUGGAUUCAGCCGUGGUGCUUUUACUGUAAGAAUUCUAGCUGGAAUGAUCGAAAAAGUUGGGCUACUGAGUGUUGGUUCGACACACAUGGCUCUUACUGCCUGGAGCAUUUACCGCAAUUGGGAGACUUGUGGACAACCCAAAGCACCUAAAGACCUUGCAAACUCAUUGGCUGUAGAAUUUAAACGAACGUUUAGCCGAAACACAGUCAAUAUCGAGUUUAUGGGUCUUUGGGAUUCGGUCAAUUCUGUCGGAGUUAUCAGGGACCGUAUGUUCCCCUUCUCAUCUAAAGCCGAUCAUAUAAAACACAUCCGACACGCAAUUAGCAUUGAUGAAAGACGUACAAAAUUCAAGCAAAAUCUCUUUUGUCCGAUCCCUAGUGAUUUUGCAUUUACUGAAACCGCUGACGAACUUCCCGACUCACCUCAAAUAGAUCUGCAAGAGAUCUGGUUCCCUGGAUCUCAUUCCGACGUUGGCGGAGGUUGGCUGUCUGAUGAUCAAGGGCAUUGUCUUUCCAACAUUCCCCUUCGGUGGAUGAUAGCCCAAGCACUUAAGUAUGGGGUAUUAUUCAGCUCUGGUUCAGUGUCUGAAUUCGAUCUCACAUAUCCAACCAUGGACUCUUUAUUCUCUUACCAUCACGACCCCUUACAACUAAUUCCGAAGAGAUAUUCACAUAAUCUGCCUUCCCCUCAUCAUUCAUCUUCAACGGCUACUUCUUUACUUUAUGACAUUCUGGAGAAGGAUUUCGCAGCGAUGGCCAGUAGUCUUACAAGAUUUCAGUUUCAACGAAAACUGCGUCAGAUAUUUCCCAACACUUUACUCUUGGACGAAGUACCGCCUCCUCCCGUUUAUCGGUUUGAUAAUAGAGGAGAAGAUAGCAUAAUAAGAUGUCUCAAGUGGUGGCUAUUGGAACUUCUUCCCAUUGGCGUCUAUCAAAACGACCCUGAAACGAAUCGCUGGGUGAGAAGCUAUCGACCCAAUUUGGGGAAACGCAGAGUUCUACCAAGAUAUGCCAGAUUUCAUUGGAGUCUCUUCUGGAGGCUUUACCAUAUCGAGGAUUAUAACCCAUCAAACUUGACAGACAUGGCUUCAACUCUGUUUGAAAUCUUGAAACAAAAUUCUACAAACGAAACAGGAACUCAUGUCAACCAAAUCAAUGAAUUUGGGGAGCUAGUUCCGAAUACACAGAUUAAUUGGAAGCAAUUUCCCAAUGACCUACAACUACAGCUAUCAGCUACAUCGAUCGUCAUUUAA